CAGGGGGCGCUGUGGGCCGCCGCGCUGUCCGGCGGUCGGUGCGCGCGGUCCCAGCCUCUGCUUGGAGCCCGGCGAGCAGGCGGCCGGCGCUGGGUCGGCGCGGAGCUCCGGAGCCGCGGCCGGGACGAUGGGCGGGCAUGUUCCCGGUUUGAGGUGACGCCAUGAAGAGGAGACAGAACAAAUAAGAAUGCUUUUCCGCAAUCGCUUCUUGCUGCUGCUGGCGCUCGCUGCGCUGCUGGCCCUCCUGAGCCUCAGCCUGCAGUUCUUCCACCUGAUCCCGGUGUCCGUAGCUAAGAAUGGAGCGAGUAGCAAGAGUCGAAAGAGAAUCAUGCCCGACCCGGUGACGGAGCCCCCCGGGAUGGACCCGGUGUACGAAGCUCUCUUGUACUGCAACAUUCCCAGCGUGGCCGAGCGCAGCAUGGAAGGCCAUGCUCCGCACCAUUUUAAGCUGGUCUCGGUGCACGUGUUCAUUCGACACGGGGACAGGUACCCGCUGUAUGUCAUUCCCAAAACAAAGCGACCAGAAAUUGACUGCACUCUAGUGGCUGACAGGAAACCGUACCACCCGAAGCUGGAAGCCUUCAUCAGGCACAUGUCCAAGGGAUCCGGAGCCUCGUUCGAAAGCCCCUUACACUCCCUGCCUCUCUUCCCCAACCACCCGCUCUGCGAGAUGGGAGAGCUCACACAGACAGGGGUCGUGCAGCACCUGCAGAACGGCCAGCUGCUGAGGGACAUCUACCUGAAGAAGCACAAGCUCCUGCCCGCGGACUGGUCCCCCGACCAGCUCUACCUGGAGACCACGGGGAAGAGCCGGACGCUGCAGAGCGGGCUGGCCCUGCUGUACGGCUUCCUCCCGGACUUCGACUGGAGGAAGGUGUACUUCAGGCACCAGCCCAGCGCCCUGUUCUGCUCGGGGAGCUGCUCCUGCCCGGCGAGGAACCACUACCUGGAGCGGGAGCAGCGCCGGCAGUACCUGCUGCGCCUGCGGAGCGGCCCCCUGGAGCGGGCCUACGGGGACAUGGCCCGCAUCCUGGACGUGCCCACCAAGCAGCUGCGGGCCGCCAACCCCAUCGACGCGCUGCUCUGCCACUUCUGCCACAACCUCAGCUUCCCCUGCGCCCGGGGCGGCUGCAUCGGCAUGGACCACUUCAGGGCCAUCAAGGCCCACCAGAUGGAGGACGAGCGGGAGCGGCGGGAGAGGAAGCUGUACCGGGGCUACGCGCUCCUGGGCGCCCACCCGCUCCUGAACCAGACGGUGGGCCGCCUGCUGCGCGCCGCCGAGGGCCGGCGGGAGGGGGCCUUCGCACUCUACUCCGCGCACGACGUCACCCUGUCCCCCCUGCUCAGCGCCCUGGGCCUGGUGGAGGCCCGGUUCCCGCGGUUCGCGGCCAGGCUGGUCCUGGAGCUCUGGCAGGACCGGGAGGGGCCCGGCGGGCACGCCGUGCGGGUGCUGUACGACGGCGCGGACGUCACGCGGCACACCGCCUUCUGCCAGGACGGCCGCGGGCGCUGGCCCACGCCCAUGUGCCCCCUGGACAACCUGGUGCGCUUCGUCCGGAGGGACAUGCUGGAGGCCCUGGGCCCCGGCGGAGGCAGCACCAGCUACUACGAGGCCUGCCACCGGAAAGGGCUCUGAGAGGCGCGGGGAGGCCAGCCCCGGCGGCAUCGGUGCCCAACCAGAGGGGCGGGGAAGAAGGCACGCUUCCCGCCCCGGCCUUGGCCAAGGGUGCCGGGCGGCUGAUCUCCGGGGCUGGGAGCCGCGCUUGGGAGCCGCCCCGGUGGCUUCGGUGGAACAAGGAGCGAGCGCCUUGUUGAUGAAUUCGGGUCUGGGAGUUCCUUGAUGACACAAUGGCCGAUUCACAGAAAGAAAAAGAAAAAAAAAAAAGGAAGGUACUUGAUCGCAGCCAGGCUUUGCGUACGAUGCCAGACCCUUUGAACGCCCCAAGCUGCCAACCCACACGCGCGUCUUGCUUCUGACCUGCCGUGGUACUUCCUGUACGAGGGAGCCCGCAGGCCUCAGCCCACGUGUUCUUAACCUGGGACCAUCUUACCUGCAUCUGCAUUCCGUGAAACCUUUCCCCGAGUAACGUGCGGAAAACGGGGCUCGACAGACUUUUUCAGUUCGAGGCCAGGGAGGACAUUGCGUAGACGGCGCAGGUCAGAAAGCCACUUCCAGUCUCUCGUCACAGCCGAUGCGUUCUGUUCUUGUCUCGGGAACGCACCCACAGACGGUACACAGAGCGAUCACAGGCCUCACCACACAGGCCCGGGGCUGUCGCUGGCCGGCCCCUGGCCUGACACACAGGCUCUCUCUCCUACCAUCGCACUCUCCGCACUUUGAGAACCGGGUGGAUGCCAAGACUUACUCAGUCACUUCUGCUAGAAACACAGAAUCCGGUUCUGUUACCACAGAACAAAGGGAGGGACACAUUGAAUCAGAAGGGAUCCCAGGAACCUUGCCAGGAUGAUGCUUGAUGUUCACGAUGAUUGUGGUACGAUCGUUUUAAACACGUGUCUGCUGCCGUCUCUUUGCUGUACAUGCUGAAAUUUUUUGUAUCCUAGUUGGUAUUUUUAUAGCCUAGGAGGAUAUUUUCUGAGACCGGUUUUAGACGUGCUCUGAUGCCUACGUACGAUCCCACUGGCUGUCCCCGAUUGGUGUUCGGAAGGGAGGCAGACCCCGGACACAGGCACUUCCCUCCCAUAAAACGAAUCACGGCUGUUCCCUUGGACGAGCUGUAGAGUCGGAUCAACUUCUAAACCCUUUUUUUUUUUUUUUUUGUGAGUUUCAAGAGGUCCAUUCUCACUGAUUUUUAGGUACGUUUUUUGGAAGAACUUUGGUACUCGGUAGUGAAAUAGUCUUUAUAAGGUAUUUUGUAUAUUAGAAGCAGCGGUGAAAUCUGUGGUUUCUGAAUGGAUGGUGCUGGUUCCCCGCGAAGAGAUGUGACGUGCAAGUGAGGUUCUCCGGCGUCAUGGAUGUUUCCGUCGUUUCUCUUGGUUUCUACCCAGUGUUGCGUUUCAAUACAUGUUUCUAUGAAUAAAUUCUGAUGAAUACAGUUUGUACCUCUUUUUUUAAUUAUUA